ACGCUGGUGACCGGAUGAUACAAAGCCUAAGCCCACCAAUCUUUCAUUGGCUCUGGGUAUUUUCGGAGGAGUCGGAACAAAGGAUCCCUAAUCUGAGAGGACCUUUCUUCCUAUAAAAAACGUGUGCAGUGGCAAGCCAAAAGGUUUUCCACAACUCACUCAAAUCACACUUAGAAACCAUCAAACAGGAUGUCUAUCAUACUGAGAUUACCUUCGCCUCCUGAGGGUAGCAAGCCAAGUUAUCCACUUGACAACCCAUCACUUUUGGACCAGUUGAACUUCUUCAAGUCGAAAACGGGAAUCGAGGAUGAUGAAAAAUUGAAGCUGCACAUAUGUCGUAUCCAGGAGAAAAUAUACGAGCUAUUCCCUUUCCCAUGUGUUUGGAACUUUGAUUUUGUCAGAGGAAAGAUAGUUAACCAUCCUAUGUACCAGGAGGUUAUUCAAUCGGCCAAGAAUCAGUCAGUUGCGCAAAAGAUAUUUGUAGACUUCGGAGCUAACGUGGGAUCUGAUUUGAGGCAAGUCGUUCUGGACGGGUGGAAGCGAGAGGACGUAUUGGCAAUUGAUAUUAUACCUAGUUGGAUCGAGUUGGGCAAUGAGCUCUUCAAAAGCGUUGAUCAACCUAUCCCUUACUUCAUUGGAGACAUUUUCAAACCCGAAGUCUUCGAUCCCACCAAGCCGCCGUCGGCCCAGUGUGACUCGCUUGACCUUUUCUCGUUGAAGGACCUCAAUGCCUUAAAAGGACGUGCCACCAUCAUUUCUGCCAAUUUCAUGUUUCACCUGUUCGGUGAAGCAGACCAAGAGCGCCUAGCCGAGUAUUUCGCCUUGUUACUCUCGAACCAACCUGGUAGCACGAUCUUUGGGCAACAUCGCGGAAGUGAAAAUGCGGGUAUACAAAAGUUACCUUACGCCGCUGAAGCACAUUGGUACAGUCAUUCUGUCGAGUCCUGGAAAGCUUUGUGGCAGAAGGUCUUCGAUCCCUCUACAGUGAAGAUAGUUGCAGAAAUGCGAGAGUCAGAAGAAGGGACUCAAUAUGAGUACAUCCACGGAAAGAGAAAGGUUUUGUGGCUAUAUUGGGCGGUCACUCGCAUUUGAACGUGCGGUAUAAUUGAGCUCUCAAUGAUCGAAAAUACUAACUUGAUCAGGAAUUACCAUCUCCAAAUUUACAUCUUUCAAAGAAACAAGAGCAUAUCUAUUCUGAGUCUGUGAUCAAAUAUGUCAACAAGUAUGAUCCUUAUUUUCAAAUUGUAUAGGAUACCGAUAUAGUAGGAAUAUGGCUGUGACAUGAAUUGUACCAAUCAGAUGAUAUGUGUGGUUGCAGAUAGGAGUGAAGCCGAGAAUUUAACAAAUAGCCAUGAGGUCAUUUUCAUUUUCCAAUUUGCAAACAUCCAUCUAAAUUCAUCAAGAAGGUGAACUGAGGAAAUGAAUGAGAUGGCUUUAU